AAACCCUGUCCGCACAAAAAAACCACCCGACGAAUGGGCCCUUGAAGACAGACCGGUCGACAACCUCACUAUCGCCAGUCCAUCUACCAGCUCGCCAUCGCGAAAAGUUGUCAAGAUGCCGAGCCACAAGAGUUUCCGCACCAAGCAGAAGCUUGCCAAAGCCCAGAAGCAGAACCGUCCCAUCCCCCAGUGGAUUCGUCUGAGGACCGGUAACACCAUCAGAUACAACGCUAAGCGUAGGCACUGGCGCAAGACCCGCCUGGGUAUCUAAACAACUCGCAUCGUCACCAACACAUUCUCUCCGCCGCCCCUCCCCAUAUCUUUCUCCCUUUUCGAUCGAGAUGUGCUCCGACCUGCAAUUGUUUUUCGUCCCACGGUGAUACCGCAUACCACACAAAAAUGUCUCGCGACCUCGGCCGUUCUGCUUGUCAAUUAAAUCAAAUCAAUAUGGGCUAGUUGUCUGGGCUCUCGUUUUCAUUCUAUUGAUCUGAGCCAUCCUUUGUCUUUUCCCUUCGAACCGCAAUCACAAAACGUCUUUGUUCUUCCGCCCCGGGUCGAUCUGUCAAUUUUGAGCAUUGCAUUAUAUAUCAUCUCUAAGGAAGUGCAUAUGUAAUGGAAUGCGCGACUCGGCAUUGUUUUCUUCGUCGGGUUAUGGGCGCAGGGUGUUUAGUAUCAUGUUAAUGUCAACGGGGACUCAGAGAGUCGAACUCGGAUUGAUUUAUGUACGCGAGCUUUUUUGAAGAUAAAAUCAAAAAAAUUAUGAUGGAUAACGAGCUGGAAUGAUUCUCCUUUCCUAUCCUUCUUUUCUAUGUUC